UCAGCCCCUGGCUGGAGUAUUCCUCCCGCCAAGCGCUCCCGAGGAAAAUGUCAUGUCCCAACAGCGCGGCUCCCAACGCCUUCCUGAUGGAGCCCCUGGGCCGCGCCGACAAUUUCCCGUCCGGCCCGGGGCUCUUCGGCCCGCCCGGAGACUUCGGGGCCCUGCGGAGCUGCGGGGCCCUCCCGAAGCGCGACGAGGCCUCGCUGGGCUCCUUCCCGUCCUACCUGGCCCAGCUGGACUCGUGGGCCGAGCCCAAGAGCGCGUUCCGGCUGGAGCAAGCCCGGCCCAGCUGCUCCUUCCCGGCCGUCAAGGAGGAGAGCGGCUGCUGCCUGUUCGCGGCGGAGAAGCGGCGCAAGGAGCCGCCCGAGGCCGCGCUGUUCCCCGAGCCCUGCGGGCCCGAGCUGCCCGUGCCCGGCUUUUAUCGCUUCCCCUCGCUGGAGAAAAGCCCCGAGGAGUUCCCGGCGCCGUUCCCGGCCCGCAGCGAGCAGCUGGAAGCGGCCCCGCCGCCGCCGCCGCCUCCCCCCGAGCGGGGCUCGCCGCAAUUCCGGGGGAAUCUCCCCGAAAACGCCGGCGCGGAGCGGCCGCAGCCGCCGCAGGGGGAAAUCAAAAGGGAAAAAACGAAAGCGAGCGCGGGCGAGGCGGAGAAGGAGCUGGGUAAAAGCACCGACACCGGCAGCACGGAUAACUCGGACAGCGAGGCCAAAGGUAGGCGAGGAUCCGCCCGGGUCCCUCCGUUCCGGGGCUGGAGGGGUUAAAUUUCACCGGGGGAUGCUCCGUGCUCCGCCGCUUCCCCCGCAGA